AGUCAAAUGAGAUGAGGGAUCUCAGAAGACCUCGGCCGUACAACGAGACGAGAACCACCCAGACCGCCGCAACAUUCACACAUCGGGACAGACGGCUGUCAUCAGAUACUACACCCAGAAUACAUUCCAGGUAGAUUUGACAUCAUGGAAAGCGGAAAACUUCAGAAAUUAAAGGCGAAGAUGGCCGAAAUUUCGUCGCAAAUUGACGAGGCCGAUGAACGGAAAGCAUCUGCAAAGGCAGCCACGAUACAAGCCCAACAACGACUGGAGAAGGCUGAGGCAGAAAAUAUCAGCAUACAAAAGAGGAUUACGUUGCUCGAAAAAGAGUUGGAGGAUGUCAACCGACGCCAAGAGGCGAUCGCCGAGAAGUUACCCGAACAAGGAGAUGAGAAGAUGCAGCAGUUGAAAGAAGAAGUCAAGGAAGCGAGGACUGUCAUGGAGGAAAUUGGGGCCAGGCUUACAGAGGCCGGACAGAAACGUGUGGAGCUAACACGUGAUAUUGAAAGGACGACAGAGAAAUACGAGGUUUACGAGGGGCGUGCUCAGAUGUUGGAAGAAACGCUGAAGAACGGCCAAGGAAAGGGCGAGUUUUCAGUCGAAAUUGUGCGCAUGCAAGAGGAGAUAAAACUACUGGAGGCCAAGCUAAGGGAGAAACAGGGAGGAAUAUGGCUGCAACGGGAUUCUUCAUGGGUCGUGGACUCCACAGGCACACCGUGGGUCGACAACGGAGUGACAUACGAUGCCGCUAAAGCCUUGGAUGGAGACACUGGUACCUACUGGAACGUCAUAGAUACCGGGCAGAACCACAACAACUGGUACAUCGUGCUGGACAUCGCAGCGCCUCAAACUCUGACGCGCGUCGCAGUGAACAGCUACGGAGACACCACCCACGACAUCGCAGCCUUCAAGUUGCAAAGUUCUCAGGUUGGGAGUCCGUACAGCUGGGAGGACGUCGUGUCUGUCGAUAACGUGCAGGGAGGGACGGACCAGAGGCAAGUGUUCGGCGGGUUCCAGGGAACAGCGCGGUACUGGAGGUUCGUGGUCACCCGGACCCACGGGGGCUGGCAACCUUAUCUCAUUGAACUCAACCUCUUCAGCAUCUCGCCAGCAAGUGGCAAGUGAAAGUCUUCCACUGCGACAGUGUGGCAACUUUCAUUGACUUCGCCAAGGCUGCAGGACGCGUUUAUGUAGCAAAAAA